AUGCCCACUAUCUUCCCAACAUGGCCACACAUACUCUUUGGCAUUCUCGAGCCUCUCUCACUAGCUCUAGGUAGUGCUUACCCUCUUUAUGAUCUUCAAGGCUUCAUCACAGGCCAGACCCCCACCACUCCCGCGCCGGCCACCUUACAUCCAAGCAGCGUCGCUUUGGCCUACCAGCUUGGUAACCUGUAUUCACUCUUAUUCCUGGUCGGUGUUGGAGUGUGCCAUGCCACAACAGAGCCCAAAGUUCUGCGCAACUACCUGGUUGGGCUAGCCAUCGCAGACGUAGGCCAUGUGUAUGCCACAUACUUGGCGAUGGGCUGGGAUGCAUUCGUGAACGUUGGAGCAUGGAACAGCCUGACCUGGGGUAACAUUGGGGUGACAGCCUUCUUGUUCGUCAAUCGGAUUGCAUAUCUAUGGGGAGCAUUUGGAUAUGCGAAGGCGCCUAAGGCGGCUGCAAAGCAGCAGUGA